AUGUAAUAACAUUAAAAUUAAGAUAAUGAAAUUGUUGAAGAGACAGUCCUCAUGGAAAUAUAAUAAGAGAUUUUAUAAAUUUAAGAUAAUUUAAAACUUUGUAAAAUAAAAAACUAAGUUUCUAACAAAAAAGUUAUAUUAUUUUUAGGAUUUAGACAUAAUGUCUUUGGUGAAUAUUAUAGUCACUUUGAAAAACUUGCUUGUCUUUCGGAUAACUAAAAUGAAUAAUUUAAGAUAGUCUAGAUUGAGAAAAAGGAUCGGUAAUGUUACCUUAUUAAUAUCCCUUAUGGGCUAAAGAGUAUUUAUGAUAAAGAACAAAAAAUCUAGGCUUGUUCAUCUAAAAUCAAUUUAGAAAAGAUUUUAGUUUAAUUGAUUGACUAUUAAUUUCAUGAACUAAGAGGAAAUAAUGAUAAAGAUAAACUUAAGAAUAUACUAGAUUUGGAGGUGAUGAAAGUUGGAAAAUUUACUUUAAGAGAAGAGCAAAUCUCACUUAUAUCUUAACCAGAAAAAUCUCACGUUGGAUUAGAAUACGUAAAAAAUGUAAAAUUGGCUUCUUAAUUAUCAUUUGAAGAGGUCUAAAAGAAGAAAAUCCUCAGGAAAAUAUUUAAACUGGAUAAAUUCAAAAAAUUAAAAAUUUUUUAAAAUCCAAUUUUAUUUUCAUAUGGUGUAAUGAGUUGUGUAAUGGAUGAGUAUAAACAAAACUUACUGAAAAUAAUCAAUUAAAAAAUAAACACAUUUAUCUUAUAACUUUAUAGUUUACAGCAAAUUCCUAAACUUGAGUAAGAAUUCAGUUUGAUGUAAAAUUUAGGAAAGUAUUUAAAACUUCUUUCGUAGACCCUUGAAAAGUGUAAAAUAACAGCAAAAUUUUCAGAUUUAAAUGAUAUUCUGUAAUAGAUCAAUGAUUUAAGUUUGAAUGAAGGAAGUUAGAUCAAUAGAUGUUUAGAAAAAUUAAAUAUGUUAAAUUUAGAAGAAUUUUUGAAUUACAAAAAAUACACAUUAAAUGAUCUUAAAUUUCCUUAAUAAUUCUUAAGAGCAUUAAAUAUUAAAGCAAUUGUUGAUUUUUUUAAGGAUUACAAUCAACAUCAAUAUAAUGAUUUUAACUUUGUAUAAAUUUAGAAUUUGGCAAUAAAUGUUGAUUUUUGGAAUAAAAUUAUAAAUUUCUUUUAGAAAACAAGAUAUAUCUUACCAAAAGAUUUAAUGAAUUAAUUAAGCCAGAACCAUAAUAAGUGA